AAGUGAGGGCAUUCCCGGUAAAGGCCAAGCCGUGACCGUGGGCUCCUGGCUCCCAGCUGAUGGCCGCCCAGAAGUCCUGGGCAGCCCUGCCCUCUCACUGGGUUGGCCAGCACAGCACGUGGGAACACAAGACUGGGCUCUCAGCAGGCUCUGAGGCUGGGGUGCCCUGAGGUUCCUUAGGAGGUCCCUGUGUGCCCAACCAACACAGUGUACACCACCCUCCUAGGCACCAGAACCAGAGCAAGAACCUGCUAUGGGCCACCUGCUCCAGCUGCUCUACCUGGCCUCAUCCAUCUCAGCAGUCCUGGCAUCGUGGGGCAGCUCCAGUCCCAAUGCCGUGCAAGGAGUGAAGGGGUCCUGUCUCAUCAUCCCCUGCGUCUUCACUUUCCCUGCUGACGUGGAGGUGACUCAUGGCAUCGUAGCCAUUUGGUACUAUGACUACUUGGGCAGUCGGCUGGUGGUUCACCAUUCGGGGGACCCCCAGUUGGUGGAGGAACGCUUCCGCGGCCGCACCGAGCUGCUGGGGCGCCUCGAGCACAGAGUGUGCACCCUGCUCCUAAAGGACCUGCGCCCCCAGGACUCGGGCUCCUACAACUUCCGCUUCGAGAUCACUCAGGUCAAUGGCUGGACAGAAGUCAAAGCCACCAAGGUCACCGUGACAGAGAACCUCAGUGUGCCCAACAUUGCCUCGCCGUUAGAGCUUCGCGAGGGCAUGGAGGCCGAAUUCAACUGCUCCACUCCCUACGCAUGUACACAGGAGAGGAUCAGCCUGCAGUGGCAAGGCCAGGACCCUGCUCGCUCAGUCACCUCCAACCUCCAGAAGCUCGAGCCCACAGGCAUCAGCCAUCUGGAGACCCUCCGCAUGGCCCUGUCCUGGCAGGACCACGGCCAGACCCUGCGCUGCCAGCUCUCGGUGGCUGAACAUAAGACAGAGGGCGAGAUUCGCCUCCAAGUGCAGCAUGCCCCCAAGGGGGUGGAGAUCCUCCUCAGCCCCUCGGAGGGGAACAUCCGUCCAGGUGAUCCAGUUACACUCACCUGCCAGGUGAACAGCAGCUACCCCAAGGUCAGUUCCAUGCAGUGGGUCAAGGAUGGGACACACCUCAAAACCCAGAGUCGUGUGCUGAAGUUGUCCCAGGCAGCCUGGGAUGAUGCUGGCAUCUACGCCUGCGAAGCUGAGAAUGGUGUGGGCUCCUCCGUCUCCCUUCCUGUCAGCCUCCACGUUUUCAUGGCCAAGGUCCAGGUGAGCCCAACAGGCCCCAUCCAGGAGCACCAGACAGUGACGCUGGACUGUAACGUGCCUAAAGGAGCACCCAGUGAGCUGCGCUACAGCUGGUACAAGAACCAAGUCCUGCUGGAGGACGCCCACAGCAGUACCCUCCAGCUACUUUCAGCCACCAGGGCCGACACCGGCUUCUACUUCUGUGAGGUGCAGAACGCCCAGGGCAAGGAGCGUUCUAGCCCUGUCAGCGUGGUGGUCAUCCACCCACCCCUUGCCCCAAACCUAACUGCCUUCUUGGAGAUCCAGAGGGGACUGGUGGGCAUCCUCCACUGCUCCGUGGUCAGCGAGCCCAUGGCCACCCUGGUGCUGUUACACGGGGGACUUGUCCUGGCCUCCACCCUCGGUGAGGGUAACCGCAGCCCACGCUUCAGUGUCUCCUCUACCCCCAACUUCUUGCGCCUGGAGAUCCGAAACUUGGAGCUAGCCGACAGUGGGGAGUACACAUGCACAGCCACCAACUCCUAUGGGAAUGCAUCCUCCACCCUGGACUUCCAUGCCAAUGUGGCCCGCCUCCUCAUCAGCCCAGCAGCAGAGGUGAUAGAAGGGCAGGCGGUGACACUGAGCUGCAGGAGCGGCCUGAGCCUGACUCCUGACACCCGCUUCUCCUGGUACCUGAACGGAGCCCUGCUUCUCGAGGGGCCCAGCAGCAGUUUCUUGCUCCCUGCAGCCACCAGGACGGAUGCUGGCUCAUACCACUGUCGAGCCCAGGAUGGCCACAGUGCCAGUGGGCCGUCCUCACCUGCCGUCCUCACUGUGCUCUACGCCCCACGCCAGCCCAUGCUCACUGCCCGGCUGGAUCGCGAUGCUACAGGAGGUGGGGCUGGCCGUCGAGGCUUUCUCGAGUGCCGUGUGGAUAGUGACCCCCCAGCCCAGCUGCGGCUGCUCCACAGGGACCAUGUAGCAGCCUCUUCUCUGCCAUCAGAGGGUGGUUGCUGUACCUGUGGGGGCUGUUCCCAGCGCGCAAAGGUCCACAGAGCCCCCAACCUGCUGCGUGUGGAGAUUCGAGACCCAGUGCUGGAGGACGAGGGUGUGUACGUGUGUGAGGCCAGCAACACCCUGGGCAAUGCCUCCUCCUCGGUGACCUUCGAUGCCCAGGCCACUGUCCUGGUCGUCACACCAUCACACAGACUGCUAGAAGGCACCGGAGCCAACCUGACUUGCAAUGUGAGCCGGGAAGCCAGCGGUGGCCCUGCCAACUUCUCCUGGUUCCGGAAUGGGGCACUGUGGGCCCAGGGUCCGCUGGAGACCGUGACGCUGCUGCCUGUGGCCAGAACGGAUGCUGCCCUCUAUGCCUGCCGCAUCCUUUCUGAGGAUGGUGCACAGCUCUCUGCCCCUGUGGUCCUGAGCGUGCUCUAUCCCCCGGACCCUCCAAAGCUGUCAGCCCUCCUGGACGUGGGCCAGGGCCACAUGGCGGUGUUUGUCUGCACUGUGGACAGUAGUCCCCUGGCCCAGUUGACCCUAUUCCAUGGGGAGCACCUCCUGGUCACCAGCAUGGGGCCCCAGCUCCCAUCCCGUGGCCGUCUCCAGGCCAAAGCCAUGGCCAACUCCCUGCAGCUAGAGGUCCGAGACCUGGGCCUUGGGGACUCUGGCAGCUACCGCUGUGAGGCCACAAAUGUCCUCGGAUCAGCCAAUACCUCCCUCUUCUUCCAGGUGCGAGCGGCCUGGGUCCAGGUGUCACCAUCAUCUGAGCUCCAGGAGGGCCAGGCUGUGGUCCUGAGCUGCAAGGUACCCACAGAGGCCCUGGAGGGGACCUCAUACCAGUGGUAUCGGGAUGGCCAACCCCUCCCGGAGUCGACCGCGGCAACACUCCAUUUUGCAGCCAUAACUUUGAGCCAAGCUGGGGCCUACCACUGCCAAGCCCAGGCCCCGGGCUCAGCCACCACAAGCCUGGCUGCCCCUGUCAGCCUCCACGUGUCCUACGCCCCACGCCAGGCCACUCUCACCACCCUGAUGGACACCGGCUCUGGGAGACUGGGCCUCCUCCUGUGCCGUGUGAACAGUGACCCCCUGGCUCAGCUACGACUGCUUCAUGGGGACAGCCUCGUGGCCUCCACGCUACAAGGUGUGGGGGAACUCGCAGGCAGCUCUCCCCGGCUACAGGUGGCUGUGGCCCCCAACACACUGCGGCUGGAGAUCCACAGUGCGGUGCUCGAGGAUGAGGGCGUCUACACCUGUGAAGCUACCAACAGCCUGGGCCAGACCUCGGUCUCAGCCAGUUUCGAUGCCCAGGCUGUGAGUGUGCAGGUGUGGCCCAAGGCCACCGUGCAGGAGGGGCAGCUGGCGAACCUGACCUGCCUUGUGUGGAGCACCCGCCUGGCCCAGCUCACCUACACGUGGUACAAGGAUGGGCAGCAGCGCCCAGGUGCCCGCUCCAUCCUCCUGCCCAAUGUCACCGUCAUGGAUGCCGCCUCCUACCGCUGUGGUGUGGUGACCCCUGGCCAGGCACCCCACCUCUCCAGACCUGUCAUCCUGGACAUCCUCUACGCACCCCGCAGCCUGCGCCUAACCUACCUCCUGGAGAGCCAUGGUGGGCGGCUGGCCCUGCUACUGUGCACUGUGGACAGCCGCCCACCUGCCCAGCUGGCCCUCAGCCGUGCUGGCCGCCGCCUGGCCUCCUCCACCACAGCCUCUGAGCCCAACACCCUGCGCCUGGAGCUGUGGGAACCCCGGCCCAGCGACGAGGGUCUCUACAGCUGUUCAGCCCACAGUCCUCUGGGCCAGGCCAACACGUCCUUGGAAUUGCGGCUAGAAGGUGUGCAGGUGACCCUGGCUCCAUCAGCCUCUGUGCCUGAGGGGGCCUCCAUCACAGUGACCUGUGAAGACCCUGCUGCUAGCCCACCCACUCUCUAUACCUGGUACCACAACAGUCGCUGGCUGCAGGAAGGACAAGCCGCCUCCCUCUCAUUCCCGGUGGCUACACGGGCUCACGCAGGCGCCUACUCCUGCCAGGUCCAGGAUGCCCAGGGGACACGCAGUUCCAGGCCUGCGGCCCUGAAAGUUCUCUAUGCCCCUCGGGAUGCUGUUCUGUCCUCCUUCCGGGACUCGAGGGCCAGCCCCAUGGCUGUAGUGCAGUGCACUGUGGACAGUGAGCCACCGGCCGAGCUGACCCUGUCCCGAGAUGGCAAGGUGCUGGCUUCCAGUCACGGGGUCCAUGGCUUGACAUCGAGGACAGGCCAUGUCCAGGUGGCCCGUAAUGCCCUGCGACUGCAGGUGCAAGAUGUGCCCUCAGGUGAUGAGGACACCUACGUCUGCACGGCCCACAACUUGCUGGGCUCAGUCAGCACUACAGGACAGCUACAUGCGGAAGGUGUGCGUGUGGUGGCCCAGCCAGGCCUGGAUGUGCCUGAGGGCGCAGCACUGAACUUGAGUUGUCACCUUCCUGGUGGCCCCAGGCCCAUGGGCAACUCUACAUUUGCUUGGUUUUGGAAUGGCCAGCAACUACAUUCGGAGCCUGUGCCCACCCUUGCCUUCUCAUACGUGACCCGUGCCAAAGCUGGAGUGUACUACUGCCGGGCUGAACUCCCCACCGGGCCCACCAUCUCUGCUCCAGUCAUGCUCCGUGUACUCUACCCUCCCAAGAUGCCCACCAUGACGGUCUUUGUGGAGCCUGAGGGUGGUAUCCAGGGCAUCCUGGACUGCCGAGUGGACAGCGAGCCCCUAGCCAACUUGACUCUCCACCUUGGCAGUCGUCUGGUGGCCUCCAGCCAGCCCCGAGACACUCCAGCCGAGCCGCAUAUCCACGUCUCAGCUGCCCCCAAUGCCUUGAGAAUGGCCAUUGAAGAGUUGAGACCCAGUGACCAGGGGGAAUAUGUGUGCUCUGCCUCCAACGCUCUAGGCUCUGCCUCCGCCUCCACCUACUUUGGAACCAGAGCCCUGCAUCGCCUGCGCCUGUUCCAGAAGCUACUCUGGGUCUUCGGGCCGCUGGCGGGCCUCUUCUUCCUCCUCCUGCUGGGCCUGGGGGCCUACUAUACCUUGAGAAGGAGGUAUUUUCAUAAGCGAAGUGUGAGUGAGAAUUUGGUGGAGAUGGAUUCUCAGAGGGACACCACGCAGGAGGAGGUCAGUGAAAGCCGUGAUGACUUGGGCCUCGUAAACAAGGCAGCGUUGGAUCCCGCCUCCCUCUGUGAAAAGAGCUCGGUGACAUCUGACCUUCUAUGACCUGGUUCCAAACUUCUCGCCCCCAAGAAAAAUGGGUGGUGAAAGGAGGGGUGAACCCCAAUCUACUCUUGGGGGAUGCUGAAGAGAAUUGAGUUGAUCCAUUUCUCUUUCUCUAUUCUCUGGAUCUCAUCUCUCCAUUUAUCUUCUAAGGCACCGCCUCUUUCUCCUCCAACCCUGGAUGUUUUGGAUGGAUUAGAAGAGGAACUUUCCACAGCCUCACAGGCAGGCCAAUGCACUCUGUACUAGCUAGGAUGUAAGUUAGGCUGCUCUAACAAGACACCAAAUACAGUAACUUCAACAUGAGAAAGUAUUAUUUUUCUCUCCCAUACUAGUCUGGGUAUGUUACGAUGGUUUAAGGUGUUGGAGCUCUGGAUCCUUCUUAUCUUUCUCCAUCCCUAAAAUGUUGCCAUUGAUUGUGAGGUUCACAAUGAUCCCACUGUGUUCACAUUCCCUCCAGAAAGAAGGGUGGAAGUUGAAGGCACACCCAUUUCCAUUGUGGACACAACCCAGAAGCUUCCCAUGUCAUACCCACGCACUGCCCAUUAGCUAGAGUUUAUUUAUAUGGCCACUCUAAGCUGCAAGAGAUUCUGGGAAAUGUAGUGUUUUAAUUCUACUUCCAAAGGACUCCCAACUAUGGACUCAUCCCUGAGAGUUUUGACACUGAUAAGAAUGCAGACCAUGUUCUGUGUCAGGUCCAUCUGCGGAAAGGCGUGCCCUGGUUCUGGGCUUCCUGGAGGACGUAGUCCCUCUCACACAUUAAGACUGAGGGCAUCAAGAAGCCUUGGUACUCUGUAAGGAGAGGGCAUGCCAGGCAGUGUGUGUUGCCUGAGCAGGCAUCUUGUGCCAGAUAUGGCCCCUGGAACAAGAGGUGCCCCCAUUCUCAGUCCCCACCCACAGGGAGUGUGGGAAGCAAACGCAAUGUCGUCAGCAUCCUCGCCUCUGCUCCAAGUGUAUUCCUCUCCAUGAUUUAGUGAGUUCAGGUCCUCUUCCUCUAGGCUCAUGCACCAGAAGUUGUUAAGAUGAAUGAGGGUCACGAAGAAGGAAUAAGGUGCUUCCGGGAAAUCAGUGCAUGAGGGGAGCCAGUUCUUGGGUAGGCUAGUGACUCCCCUGUCUGGUAGUCUGGUGACAGAUGGUGGGAGGAACAAAUAACAUGCCACUCUGGGAUUUGGGUUAAGAAACAUGGGUAAUAAUGGCGACUUAGAAUAGGGGCUAACAGGUUGGGAAGGAAUUAGAGACCAGGUGAGCUGCAUGUGGCCACGGCUGGGCCCCUUCCUGGUCCCAGGUCUCAUUCCUUUUAGUGCCUGAUUGCCAGACUCUUCUUGGGAGCCUGUCCAGCAGGUCUCCCCAAUAAAUGU